UCAGUAUAUUCUUGCUUUUCGGGGAGUGUGGUUAUCACUUUGUCAUCUGCUUCACGUGCGCUUUUUGUGCGCGUCUUUGUGUUUUCGCUAAGGACAUGAGGUUAUUUCAGAUUUUUCUCAUUAUUUUCUCGGAGUUUUGCUACUGCACAUCAAACAACGGAAUACCUUCCAAUGGAGCUGCUGUUACAGUUGACGAGCCAGAAUUUACAGAUGUAAUCGAAAAUAUCACAGUAGCUGCUGGACGGAAUGUUAAAUUUGCUUGUUCUGUUAAGAAUCUAGGAACUUUCAAGGUCGCAUGGAUGCAUUAUGAACAGUCAGCAAUUUUGACAGUUCACAAUCAUGUAAUCACAAGGAAUCCAAGAAUAAGUGUCACUCAUGAUAAACACAGGACAUGGUUUUUACAUAUCUCCAACGUACAAGAAGAGGAUAAAGGAAGAUACAUGUGCCAAAUAAAUACAGCCAGUGCCAAAACUCAAUUUGGGUAUCUUUACGUAGUUGUUCCACCAAAUAUUGACGAUUCUUUGAGCAGUAGUGAUGUUAUUGUUAGAGAAGGUGCCAACGAAACAUUAACUUGUAAGGCAACAGGUUAUCCACAACCUAGUGUCAAAUGGAAAAGGGACGAUAACUCUAAGAUAACUAUAAAUAAAACACUUUCAGUUAUUGAAUGGGAAGGCGAAAAUCUCGAGCUGACUCAAAUUUCGAGGCUAGAUAUGGGAGCAUAUUUGUGUAUUGCUAGCAAUAGUAUUCCCCCUAGUGUAAGCAAGAGGAUGAAAGUUAGUGUUGAUUUUCCUCCCAUGUUAUGGAUCCCUCACCAACUAGUUGGAGCUCCGCUAGCUUAUUCCGUAACUCUGGAAUGUUUCACGGAAGCCCAUCCUGGAUCAUUAAACUACUGGACACGGGAAGAUGGUCAAAUGAUCCACGAAUCGAGAAAAUAUCAUACAGAAAACAAAGUUGGCAAUCCCCCAUAUAAAACCCAUAUGCGUUUGACUAUAAAUGAUAUACAACAGACGGAUUAUGGCACUUACAAAUGUAUGGCGAAGAAUCCUAGAGGAGAAACAGAUGGUACAAUAAGACUUUACAUUUCGUCCCCGCCAACAACUUCAACUAAAACUCCAAUGCCAGAAAAAUCAAUUCCAGGUAAAAUCAAGCAUCAAUGGAGUGACCCUCUUGUGAAUCACAGCCUUCUCAGCAAUUUUUCUUCAUUAACACAUAUUUUUAUAGCAGAUUCCAAGAAGACAAGAGCAGAAGGGGAUUAUAACAGAAUAUAUGAACAGAAGAUAGCAGACUUGGUAGUAAAAAACGAUGAUUUUGGAAGUAGUACGAUGAAUUCAAAAAGUAGCACAAGAUACAGCUGCCAAUUGGCGUUGACAAGAAGUAAGAGCAAAUUGGUCGCAAUUGAACGAUAAGGAGGAAGGCCACUGAUACCAAACAAUGAGAAAGAGGAAAUGAAAUUGAGCAAAUCAAAUAUCAACCGCAUCGCGAGCUCAGGCGCAUGCGCGUAGUAUGGUAACAAUUCAUGCGGAAUUAUUCUUUACAAAAAACAACGUUCAAUCUGUACCUCACAAAUGAAAUAAUCGUCGGAAUAUAUAGGCGAUAUGUUGUCAGACAAUGAAGAUUGUAAUUCUACUUAUGAUCCAAUAAUGAUAACUUUCUCUAUAAUAUUUGCAGGAAAAUAACCUUACUUACAAGUGGUCUAUUGACAAGGUAAUGAGAUAAUGUUAUCUUUAUGAAACUGAACUUGCGCAUACGCUGAUGAUAUUUGCAUUUUCUACCUUCUUCUUCCCCUGCCUUAUCCUCAUUGGACGUUGGCGAUUACUAUGGCUCAUCUGAUCUUAUUUGCAUUUUCUAUGAAGAAGAAAAAUGGAAAAAAGUCAAAAAACUGUCGGAAAAAGAUCUCAUUAUAAUUCAAAAAUGGUUUAAUAGCAAAUUACUAACCAUUAACUCAACAAAAACAUCGUUCCUUCCCACAUAUAGUGAAGUAAAACAUCACCAGACUUCCAAACAAUAUAUAUAAAUAUGUUUUCGUGGUGGAAAACCUCGUUUUUAAAAACAGAACGAUUUAUUUCGAAUACAACAGUUCUUAGUGAGUUCACAAUCAAAUCUUAAUCAAUUCUUUAUGGAUACACAAUCAAUUCUUAAUGAGUACACAGAUUCAGUCCCCUUUAUAGAUUUUCUUAUCUAAAUUCCUAGGUGAAUAACAAUUCAAUAACA